AUCUUCUUCCUCCCUUGCUCUCCAUCGUUCGUUCAUUCAUCCAUCUCUGGUGCUGACUAGCAGCAAGCUCAGUCAGCACGAAAGCAUUCUCUUUCAACCAUUGCUUUGCUGGAUCAUAUCAUUACGAUACGAUAGUCAGAUUGUGCUGUGCGGCUGUGCCGCUCUGUCAGUCUCGGCUGUGAGCCUGCCUGACCCAGACACACACACACACACACACACACACACACGAGGGAGAGGGAGAGGGAGAGGGAGAGGGAGAGGGAGGGCCGGCCAGCGACACCACAGCAUGGCGGCGGCCAUCCUAGCGCCCAAGCCGCCUCCUUCGCUGCCUACAAGCGCCUUUCCUUCCUCCUUCCCCUCCCCCUCGCGGCUCUGCCUCUCCCCGCGGCAUCCCCUGACAAGAUUGCUCCUCCGCCCCAUUCCGUGCGCCUCAUCGCCGUCCUCCUCCGUCUUGAUGCCGGACCCGGACCCGGACCUCGAGCCUGAGCCUGCCCACGAUAGAGAUAGAGCCCAAGACGAGGCGCCGGAGUCCAGGCCCCGCCGCAUCGCCCUCUUCGUCGAGCCUUCGCCCUUCGCCUACGUCUCCGGCUACAAGAACCGCUUCCAGAACUUCAUCAAGUACCUCCGGGAGAUGGGCGACGAGGUGAUUGUGGUCACCACGCACGAGGGCGUGCCUCAGGAAUUCCACGGGGCCAAGCUAAUUGGCUCAUGGAGCUUCCCUUGCCCCUGGUAUCAAAAGGUUCCGCUGUCGCUGGCCCUCAGUCCUCGAAUCAUCGGAGAAGUUGCUAGAUUCAAGCCUGACAUUAUUCAUGCCUCUUCCCCUGGGAUAAUGGUAUUUGGCGCGCUUAUCAUAGCAAAGUUGCUCUGCGUCCCUCUGGUAAUGUCAUACCACACCCACGUUCCAAUUUAUAUACCCAGAUAUACAUUCAGCUGGCUUGUCAAGCCCAUGUGGCUAAUUAUAAAAUUCUUGCACCGAGCUGCGGACCUCACGCUGGUACCAUCCGUUGCUAUCGGCAGGGAUCUUCAAGCUGCCCAUGUUACAGCAGCCAAUAAAAUACGCCUUUGGAACAAGGGUGUUGACUCAGAAAGCUUCCAUCCUCGUUUUCGCGAUAUGGAAAUGCGUUCAAGGCUAACAAAUGGCAAACCAGAAAAGCCACUUAUAUUUUAUGUUGGGCGCUUAGGAGUUGAGAAAAGCUUGGAUUUUCUUAAGAGAGUCAUGGACCGACUUCCAGGAGCAAGGAUCGCAUUUAUUGGAGAUGGCCCAUUCAGGGCUGAGCUUGAGCAGAUGUUCUCAGGUAUGCCGGCGGUGUUCACGGGCACGUUGCAAGGGGAAGAGCUAUCACAGGCCUAUGCCAGCGGGGAUGUGUUUGUGAUGCCUUCCGAGUCAGAGACGCUGGGUUUUGUGGUGCUGGAGGCCAUGUCAUCGGGAAUUCCGGUAGUGGGGGCUCGCGCUGGAGGAAUUCCUGAUAUCAUACCUGAGGAUCAGGAGGGGAAGACCAGCUUUCUGUACACACCAGGGGAUGUGGAUGACUGUGUUGGCAAGAUCGGGCAGCUUCUGUCAAGCGAGGAGCUGAGGGAGGCCAUGGGGAGGGCUGCCAGGAAGGAGAUGGAGAAGUUUGACUGGCGAGCAGCAACGAGGAAGAUCCGGAACGAGCAGUACAGUGCUGCGAUCUGGUUCUGGCGCAAGAAGAGGGCACAGCUGCUGCGACCCCUCCAGUGGGCGCUGCGGCUGCUGAGGCCGACAACGUCUGGGGCUGCCAUUGCCGAUGCCAUGGCGAAGCAAUCAUAGGAGGCGGCUAUUAUGGUUGAUGGUCCCUUUUCCUUGUAUAAAAUGGGCGAAGGGCGCUAUGGGCAGAGGGGAGGAAGCUCAAGCUUCAGCAUUCCGAUUCACUGAAGAUGUAAUGAACAGUUUAGGAUUGUUAGAUUUGUAAAUCGUCCGUGUCAAUGUAAUGCUUCUUCUUGGCUUGCUACACUAUAUAGUAGUAGCAUUGAUCCUUUAGUAGGAAAUUGGUCUGCAGUUGACAAUGAUAAUAAUAAAUAGUUGUUUUUUUUUUGUAUUCAUUCAGUCAGCUUGCUUUCUCUUUCUAGUAGCAAAGAAGGUGAAACGAACUGUAAACUGUUUCAAACUUGUACUAGGAGAGUGACUGCAAAAUAAAUUUCCUGCUUUUGUGGUGAAGGAAGUUUAAAGGAAA